CAUGGGGGGCACCUUCUGUGCUAGUUUUUUACCCCAGAGUACACAGGCAGCUUCCAAAAUAUAUUUAUAUCACCCCCUGAAACUCUUGCUGUGGUUUAUUGGUUCAUCACUUGCUCCGUCCAGAUGGGCUUUGGCCUGGGCUGGCGCCCCCACCCUGGGCCCUCGGUCCUCCCAGAGGCCAGCAUUCUUGUUUACCUGCCAGCUGUGGAGAGCUUAACAGCAGGAGAAGGGAGGAGACUCUGAGGAGUCCCACUUCCGAGGCCCGAUCUCUUGCCCUCAGUUCUCCACUGCCACCUGCCAGACCCACACUGCCCUGGAGCCCGUAGCUCUACCAGCCUGCCCCAGACUCCAGCCUUGCCCCAGACACCCUGGCCCUGUGGCCGUGCCUGGCGUCAUGGGCCUGCUGCUCCUGGUCCUGCUGUUCCUGCUGCCCUGCAUCUCCGGGCUGCCCUUCUACAAUGGCUUCUACUACUCCAACAGUCCCAAUGGCUGGAACCUGGGCAAUGGCCACAACGAAGGCGUCUUCAACGGGGUGAAGCUGUUGGUAGAGACACCCGAGGAGACCCUGUUCUCCCACCAGGGGGCCCAAGUGACCCUGCCCUGCCGCUACCACUACGAGCCCACCCUGCUGGCCCCGAGGACUGUACGCAUCAAGUGGUGGAAGCUGUCAGAGAAUGGGGCCCCAGAGCAGGAUGUGCUGGUGGCCAUCGGGCAGAGGCACCGCUCCUUCGGAGACUACCGAGGCCGGGCGCGUCUGUGGCAGAACGGGGAGCGCGAAGUGUCGCUGCAGAUCAGGGACUUGCGGCUGGAGGACUCUGGGCGUUACCGCUGUGAGGUCAUUGAUGGGCUGGAGGACCAGAGUGGCCUGGUGGAGCUGGAGCUACGGGGUGUGGUCUUUCCCUACCAGCACCCUCAGGGGCGCUAUCAGCUCAACUUCCAUGAGGCCCAGCGGGCGUGUGAGGAGCAGGAUGCGGUGGUGGCAUCCUUCGAGCAGUUGUUCCGGGCCUGGGAGGAGGGCCUGGACUGGUGUAAUGCAGGCUGGCUGCAGGACGCCUCGGUGCAGUACCCCAUCACGCUGGCCCGGCAGCCCUGCGGUGGCCUGGGCCUGGCACCUGGUGUGCGCAGCUACGGCCCACGUCACCACCGCCUGCACCGCUAUGAUGUAUUCUGCUUUGCUCCUGCCCUCAGGGGGCAGGUGUACUACCUAGAACACCCUGAGAAGCUGACCCUGGCAGAGGCAAAGGAGGCCUGCCAGGAAGACGGUGCCCAGAUCGCCAAGGUGGGCCAACUCUUUGCUGCCUGGAAGUUCCGGGGCCUGGACCGCUGUGAUGCUGGCUGGCUGGCAGAUGGCAGCGCCCGCUACCCUGUUGUUCACCCGCGUCCCAACUGCGGGCCUCUGGAGCCUGGGGUCCGAAGCUUUGGCUUCCCAGACCCGCAGAGCCGGGAGUAUGGCGUCUACUGCUACCGGCCACGCUACUCCUGAGCUAGUCCCCACGCCGGCUCUGCACCGCCCUGUGGUCCUUCCCCUCUCGGGCUCUAUUUAUUGAGUGGUUCGUUUUCCCUGGCAGCUUGGGGCAAGUUUUUUGUAUUGUUUUUAUUCUCAAGUUAAUUUUUUUUAAUUACUGCUUUUUGCUUGUUUUUUUGUAAAUCCAACAUUCCAAAUCUUCCCUUUGCUCAGGUGGACACCCCAAGGCUCUCCCAGGAAUCCCUCUUGCCUCUCUCUAGGACAUUGGAGGUUCAUGGGCCCACAAGUGCUCUCUACCAUCACUGAAUGUAGCCCUGCUCCCUGCUCCAGGGAGGCUGGUGCCCAGAGUGGACAGUGACACAUGGUGGCUGCAACUCCCCCUCCCCCUCAACCUGGGGGAGGAGAGGGUAACCAGGGAGCCCCUGGAACUAGGCACGGGGCAUCAUAGUCUCCUGCCUCCUUCUUCUCAGGCUGGGGGAGGGGAGGGUGUCCAGGGGGGCCCUGGAGCUGGGCCCUGGACAUUAUGGUCUCCUGCUGCCUCUGCUGCUGCCUCCUCCUCCUCUUCUUCUUCCUCCACCACCACCUCCUCCUCCUCCUGUCCUCCUCUGCGAAGCAGCUGGCCCAGAUCAGCACAGCUGUGGAGCUAGGGUUGGAAGCGGGUCCCUAGACUUCUAUGUGAAGUCCCAGGAAACAGAGAAAUUUCUCCAUUUUUUCCUUCUCUCUCCGAAGAGUGUAUUUUUUUCUCUCUCAUCUUUCCCUGCUCAGGGAGUGGCCCUCAGGUGUCUGUACUUUCUCUGAACAAUAAAUGGUGCUGUGACCACCCACCCCCA